AUGGAUAUGAAUUCAUCAGAUAUUAAUAAAGUAGAAAUCUUACCUUUUGGUGCAAUCCCUUCUAUACAAACACUUGAUAAUCCUAAAUAUAAAGAAAUUCGUUUACAUUCAAAUAAUAUAAGUUAUAAUGAAGAUAUACAAGAUCAUUUACCAAUUGAUCAUUAUAAAGCAGAUAGAGUAUUAAAGAUGUAUUUGGAAAAUUUAAAAAAGAUGAGAUUGGAAUAUAUAACAAAAAUAUCUGAAUAUAACAAUAAAAGUACAAAUGUUUCAGAAAUAUAUUCUAAUAGUACAUCAUUUAAAAAUAUAGAUAAUUCUCCUGAAGUAGAAAUUGAUUCUAAUUUAUAUAGUAGUGAUAUAGAAGUAUUGAAUUAUGAAGAAGUAAAUAUUGAUAUUAUAAACAAGAGUGAUAAAGUUAACAAUUUUUUUCAAAACAUGCCAAAAAUAAAAAUGGAAGAUAUUUUAAAUAUUAAUAUGAAAUUAGAUAAUAAAAGUGUAAAGAAUUCCCAAAUAAAUUCAAAUAAUAUAAAUUUUAUUAAUACAAGUUUAGAAUAUCAAUAUAAUGAUUAUAAUAGUAAAUCAAAUAUUUCUAUGAUUAAUAAUAAUAUAACAUAUAAUAAAGAUGAAGAUAUUUAUAGAAAUCUUCAAC